UCUUGCAAGAUAUUUUCAUAGCAUUUCAAUGUUAUUUAUUAUUAAUUUACAGAAAAAAGUAGGGCAUAUAAUUUUCUGUGAAUUCAUAAACAAGUCAAUCAAAUGGUAGACUACUUCCUGCCAUUUUUACGAGUUAGCUCAAAAGCCUGAAUAGCCAGUAAAUCCGGGAGUCGUUAGAUUUCUUAUCGGAAAAUCUGAGGCGGCGUCUAACUGUGAAAAGCUUGGCGAAGGAUGUUAGGAUAACCUGAACUACACGAGCCUUGGUUUGACACAUCGGCGGAGUGUGCGUGCAGUGGAAAGGUAAGAUGGCGACGGACGGAGAUGUCGUGAUCCCCGAUCAAGAAAAAGUGCGAAUAGUUUCGGACUUUAUACUACACUCGCCCCCCGGUGAGUUCAAUGAAGUUUUUAACGAUGUGAGGGUUCUACUGAAUAACGACAACCUCCUGAAAGAAGGCGCAUCUGGGGCAUUUGCUCAAUACAACAAGGACCAGCUUACGCCUGUUAAGGUUGAAGGAAGCGAGUAUCCUGUUCUCAUCACUGAGCACAAUGACUUGGGAGGACAGAGGUUUUAUGAUGGUCGCAGUAAGCAGAGUUUCAAAUAUGACCAUUUGAGAAAGGAAGCACAGGACUAUGAGGCCUAUGAACCAGAUGCUACUGCUGAACCUUGGAGAUCUGCCCUUCAAGAUGAAAUCACCACUUACACUCAAAGCCAUUAUAUACAUGGCACGUGCUCCGUCUUUGGAAAAAGUCAAGGAGGUAACGUUACACUAACUGCCUGCAUAGAAGACCAUCAAUUCCAGCCAAAAAAUUUUUGGAAUGGUCGUUGGCGUUCCGUAUGGUCGGUAAAUUUCAACACCAGUUCUGGUAAUGCAGAGUUGAGAGGUAGUCUGAAAGUUCAAGUACAUUAUUACGAAGAUGGAAAUGUACAAUUGGUAAGCAGCAAAGAAGUAAAAGAGAGCCUGCCCAUUACAACUGAGAAACAAACGGCCAAGGAAUUAAUACGAUUGGUAGAAGAAUCUGAAAACGAUUAUCAAACAGCUAUAUCGGAAAAUUAUCAAACCAUGUCAGAUACAACGUUCAAAGCUCUACGAAGGCAACUUCCUGUUAUGCGAACGAAAAUUGACUGGAGCAAAAUCGUGUCGUACAGUAUUGGCAAAGAGCUUAAGAGCCAAUAAAGGCAGAUUAUUUAUAUCUCUUAAUAAGAAAAUUAAUUAAAAGAAGCGCAUACUGAUGAAUCAGAGAAGUCUGGAGGUGUGAUGUGUAUGGAGGUAAAGAUAAAGUGUGCUAAAAAGUAAUGAAAGAUAAACAUUUGACAGAAGCUCAUACACAUGCCCUAGUACUAUGCUAGUUAUUUCUUGAACCGGGCCAUAUUCAAAGACGAGGUGUUAGAACGAAUGUGCAAAUAAUGUAUUAUUAUACAGUAUAAAAGAAUUUAACUUUAAAAAUAACGUCUGUGGAUACGGCCCGCUAUUUUUAUCAAACUUUAUAUUACACGAAGUAUAAAUAAAUAUCUACAAUUUUGUUAAGACACAUUGUUUUAUAAUUAUUACAUCUAUUAUAGCUAAUAUGUUGCUAGGAUCAAUUGAAGUGGAAUAAAAUGAAAUUUAAUACACACAUAAAUUCGAUCAGUGUAUUGGUUAUUUUACAUAGUUACAGAUUGAAAAAAAAGAAAAAAGAAAUUGUUGUGCCAAGUGAUUAGAAUUGGCGAAUCUUUUGGUGCUAUCGCUUAGCACACAUUACACACCCAGACAAAGCGUGAAAAUGAAAUCUAAGAAAAAAAAAUACAUAAUGCAUUGUACAUUGUAGAACGUAGUCUAUAGCCUGCUGGAGCCUUAAUCUGUUCACAUUUUGGGUUGAGAUGGUAUUGUGUACAUAAGUUAUUGAAUUCGGAUGGACGAAUGUGGAGAGAGAGAAAACGUUCCGACAUUCGCCACUGCCCUUCAAACUACAGAAAAUAGUUGCCUACAUUAAAUCGAUAUUGAUAUUAGGUAAUACUACUUAAAAUCGAGUGUAUCGUAAAAUAAGUAAAGCAUGUCCUCAUGUAAAAAAACAUUACACACAAAACACGGUUAUCAAUUAAAUUAUGUAUUAUUAAAUGUUACUAUUGAGUAAAUAAAGUGAUAUGACACUUUGGAAAA